AUAACUGAUGUAUUGUGUCAUUUUCUGCAUACGUUUCAGUAAUCGUUACAGUGGAACACUGUUCACUCUUGACCAACAGAAGGUUCAGAUGCUUCAUAUACAGAAGACUUAUCUAGCUUUUAAAAUAUGGUUGGGCCAUCUUUAAAUAGCAAGAUGGGUGUAGCUGAGACAAUCAUCUUUUUUGUCUUUAUCUUACAAGGUGUUUGGUGUCAAGUUUGGCCCAUCAGUCUGUCAGAGAAGAUUGAAGCUCUGAGUGGAUCCUGUGUUACCAUAAAUUGUACAUUUACUAUAUAUGACAAAGAUCUCACUGACAGUGCUGCAGGAGUGUGGCUGAAAGAUGGUACUGACUUGAAAAAAAAUUUAGUGUUUGACUCCAGGAGACCCAGUAACCCAUUUAAAGGGGAAAUAAUUGGAAAACUAAAAAGCAAGGACUGUACCACCAUCUUUUAUGAUGUUACUUCAAAUCACAGAGGUACAUUUUUCUUCAGGAUUGAUGAUGGUGGACUAAGGUAUACCUAUAAACAAAAAUCUGCUUUAAUAGAAGUGAUUGACUCUCUCCCCAGACCCACAGUGCAGAUUUUUAAGGAUCAGAUGAAGGUUGAGGUUCAGGAGGAGGUGUUAGAGGGGAGCUCUAUGUGUCUGCGCUGCUCUGCUAAGACUCUCUGCUCCUCUUCUCCACCAACUCUCACAUGGAGCUCCACUGACAGACUCCACAUCAAUGAGAACAGCAGACUACAGCUGGAUCAACAGAAUCAAACUGAGAUCAUCUCUGAUCUGAACUUCACUGCUACUCACCUUCAACAUGGAGUCACUUUCAUCUGCACUAUAACCUACCAGCUACAGCAGAGCAACACAACAGCACAGAGCAACAUCACAUUACGUGUUCAGUAUUCUCCUAAAAACACAUCAGUGUCUGUGUUUCCAUCUAACUCUGUACUGGAGGGCAGUUCAGUGACUUUGAUCUGCAGCAGUGAUGGAAAUCCAGCAGUCAUCUACACCUGGUACAGAGAGAAUGGAGGACAGCUGGAGGAGCUGCAGACUGGAUAUAAUCUCACCUUCAAUGUGACUGAUCGUACACACACAGGACGUUACUACUGUCAAGCCAAAAACCAACAUGGGACCCAAAACACAUCAGUGUUGCUGGACAUUCAGUAUGCUCCCCAAAUCUCAGAUUCUUUCAGCUGUACUCAUGGGGAUGUUAAAGUUUUUACAUGUGAGGUUCGCGGGAAUCCCUCUCCUAAAGUGGAGUGGCAUCUAUCUGAACGUCCUGUCACUAAAAACACAUCCAUCCGUGAGGAGCGAUUGAGCAGCACAGACUUGAGGAGCUUCAUUUCUCUCCAUCAGUCACUUACACACACAGACACACUGCAGUGUGUCACCAUCAACACUCACGGCAAUGCCAGUAUAAGGUUUCAUCUCUUUCAAGAUACCACAUGGUUUAAUAUUAACUCCUUGCUGGUUGGAUUUGGUGUUGGGGCUUUAGUUAUGGCGCUCUUAUGCCUCACAAUAUGCAUGUACAAUAGAUGGAUCUGCUGGACCGGACGAGAAGAUACAACUGGACUCAUUCUGGACGACAAGGCUAUUCAACAGGAGAAUGAUGAACCAGUUUAUGCCAAUAAAGUUAUGCAGUCACCUGCUAGAGACACUACACUGGAUUACCCAGAAUCCCUCCAUUAUUCGACCAUUAUCUUCAAAAACAAAACAACAGCAUCAGGGGAGAACAGGGGUGCCUCCUCACUUGUCACAGACUCUGCUGUGAUAAAACAUGGUGGUGUCCUGGGUGCAGAUAUCAAGCAUCCUGAAUCAAAGAACAGAAAUAAAUCAGCACCAAACAUUGAUGACCUCUAUGCAAAAAUACAACAUCGCCACUAUAGGUAGUAUUAGACUAAAUGUAUUAGUUCACUUAAAUUUCUAUAAUACACAACAUAGUAUAAUGAACUAUACAGUUUAAAAGGUGUCUAAAUAUGUUUCGUGUUUAUAAAAGUAUAUCUAUACUCAUUUUCUUUUCAUAAAACAGUAUUCAACAGUGUAUCUUUAAAACCUAAGAGGCUUAUUUUGCUUUCACAUAUGUUUACAUUUUCAAUACAUUUUAUAUAUGUAGUGUAAUCACAGAUAACUUUUUUGACAUUUAUUGUUUACAUAUUUUUUGUAUAUAUUUUUAUAUUUACUGUACACUUAUUUAAUCUUAAAUGAUAUACUGGUACUGCGCAAAAGUUUUAGGCCACCAUGCCAGAAUUAGAUGUGUUGUUUUUGCAAUGUUAUAGUGAUCAUAUAAAAUUGUUUCUCAGUCUCUUUAAUAGAAUACAUCCAGAAGGAAAUGUUUAUAUAGUGUUAAAAACUGUAUUAAAAUGUAAACUGAUGUGUCAAGUCCCCUUCCACUUCAGCAAUAUCAGGAAACGGCAGGAUCUCUUAAACCUAAAUAUAAUUAAAUCCUAAUUUCUAAUUUUAUAAAAAUUUGUCUUUUUACUUCAUUCUGCUCAAAAACGCCCAAGAUGUGUUAAGUGCCAAGAGAGAUCACACUAAACAACGACAAUGCCUAAAGAAGACAUUCAGUCCUGAAAAUUAUUUUUUUAGUACAUAUUUCCUGUAUUUUCUUUUGUUUGUAUCUUAAUAAAAUAGAUUGAAGAAUAAAUUUUUAACACUGAACAAAAUAUUAAUAAUUAGAACAAAAUACAACCAACAGAAAAUUUAGAACUGAAUCAAAAUAAAAAACGUAAAAACAACAGAAAUGGGCUACUUCUGGAUCCGUGUUUUUUACAUCUUGCAAAAUGGUCUAUAAUGUUUUGCAGU